AGUUUUGAGACACAGCCAGUAUUUCAACAGUUGUUUUUUUUGCCAGGCUAAAUCGCCAUGCAACUACCGCUUUUGCUUAGAUCGCAUUCAGUGUAUGUCAUAUCAUCUUUAAUGAGUUUUCCACCAUUGUGAUUUAGUUUUGAAAUGAAAUCCGGCACUUUACAAACAUGGGAUCUUCUAUAUGCGACUGCGAACUUCGCUUGAAGUUCAAUUUAUAAGAUUGAACUUUGGAUGACAAACAACCGAAAGGAGGCUAAACGCUCGAGACGGACACAUUAUGGCAAAAUGUGGCAGACGUAACCGGUCCAAGUUAAUAAUCUGCAUUCUCUGUGCUUUUGUUGCGGGAUAUUUAAUAUUUCCCAGAGACACGGAAAGUAAUAGCGGUUCGGAGAGUCGAAGGGAAGUAGCGGGCGAUAAGCUCAGAAAUGUGGACGAUGAGUUCUUUAAGAAACCUGUUUAUGAGAAACCUCCUCUGGAUAUCAAUGCUUUAGGAGAGAUGGGCAGAGCUGUAAAACUCACAGAUCUAACCGACGAAGAGAAGAAAGAGGAGAGCGAGAGCCUGAAAAAACAUAAGAUCAACAUUUAUGUCAGUGAUAAAAUAUCACUACACCGCAGACUGCCCGAAAGAUGGAAUCCACUAUGUCGGGCCCUAAAAUAUGACUACCCUAACUUGCCCACAACAUCAGUAGUGAUAGCUUUCUACAAUGAAGCGUGGUCCACACUUUUACGGACGGUGCACAGUGUCCUGGAGACCUCACCUGACAUGCUGCUUACAGAAGUCAUACUGGUGGAUGACUACAGCGACCGAGAUCAUUUAAAAGAGCCUCUGGAGAACUACAUUGCCAGUUUGAGAAAGGUGCGUCUGAUUCGGGCAAGGAAGAGAGAGGGUUUGGUGAGAGCUCGGCUUUUGGGGGCAUCCAUCGCCACAGGAGAUGUGCUGACCUUUCUGGAUUGCCACUGUGAGUGCCAUGAGGGCUGGUUAGAGCCUUUGCUCAACAGAAUAAAGGAGGAGCCUUCUGCUGUGGUGUGCCCAGUAAUAGAUGUCAUUGACUGGAACACCUUUCAAUACCUGGGAAAUGCGGGUGAACCUCAGAUCGGAGGAUUUAACUGGGGACUGGUGUUUACAUGGCACACUGUCCCAGAAUAUGAGCAGAAACUCAGAAGGUCCUCCACUGAUGUCAUCAGGUCUCCUACCAUGGCCGGUGGUUUAUUUGCAGUUAACAAGAAGUACUUCCAUUACCUGGGCACAUACGACACGGGAAUGGAGGUGUGGGGUGGAGAGAACCUGGAGUUUUCAUUCAGAAUCUGGCAGUGUGGAGGGAGUCUGGAGAUCCACCCUUGCUCGCACGUGGGUCACAUCUUUCCGAUGAAGGCGCCAUACUCGAGGAGCAAGGCCUUGGCUAACAGCGUGCGGGCAGCAGAAGUCUGGAUGGAUGAAUACAAAGAAGUGUACUACCACCGCAACCCCCAUGCACGUCUGGAGGCAUUUGGUGAUGUGACGGAGAGACGGAAACUUCGAAUGCGUCUUGGAUGCAAGAACUUUAAGUGGUACUUGGACAACAUCUACCCCGAUAUCCAAGUUCCAGAGGACAGGCCUGGGAUGUUUGGAAUGCUGAAGAAUAAAGGAAAGGCCAACUACUGCUUUGACUACAACCCACCUGAUGACCAUACUGUUGUUGGUCAACGCGUCAUUCUUUACGCGUGUCAUGGCAUGGGACAAAACCAGUUCUUUGAGUACUCCACACUCCAAGAGAUCCGUUAUAACACGAAGAUUCCUGCUGGCUGCAUCGUACCAGAUACUGUUUCUACCUUCCUUACAAUGCAUCAUUGCAGUAAACCCAGGGAACCUGUGCCCGAAGAUCAGAAGUUUCUUUUCAGAGAGGAUGGCACCCUGUACCACGUCCAGACUCAGCUGUGUGUUGAGGCAGUGGACCGGACAGACUCCGGGAACCCCGGCCCCGCUCUCCGAGCCUGCUCGGACUCUGAUUUACAAAAAUGGUUCUUUGAAGAAAAAGCAUAACAGAGGUCCUCUCAACACCUUUCACCUGUGAUACAGAGGGCAGAAGUUUAUUGACCAUUCCUAUGUUCCUGUCUGUCCAGUGCUUUAUAGUGCCUACACGAGGAAUACAACACAGACUGUAUGAAUAAAAUCAAGGGAUAUUUAAUAUAGAAACUUUGGUACUUUUUAGCUAUUCAUUUAUUUUUUAUUUUUUUGGAUCGUACAGAAUUCAUUCCUUGGAGUCUCUAUUCAUUUCAUUUUAGCACAUUGUCGGUCUCUGGUGGAAUGAAAAAGCGCAAUUGUUGCACGAGCUGGUAAAUGAAGUUAUUUUGAGCUGUUUGUGUUAUUCAUUCCUCCUGUUUAACUAUUAUUUAUUUAACAUUGGAAAUGACCUUCACAUCUAUUGUGUCUUUAGUUUUGCAUCAUUUUGUAUAAACUAUACACAUCUGUAAUCUGGUUUCUAACUCAGAUGCUCCUUGCACUUAUUUUUUGACGAGUGAAACCGCUGCCAUGUUCUUCAUGGCCACUAGAUGGUGCCAAAUCCUCCUUUUAACUGGACGUCCUGUGGUGUCCUCCAUCUUCUUCAUGACUUGGUGCAAGUGUCUGUAAUUUCAUUAGAUCUCUAUGCUGUGAUUGAAAUGCUGGUUUUAUGAAGUUGAAUGAUGCUUGUUACUCAUACAGUAUGUGUGUGCAAGGGUUUGUCUACUCUUGUAGUCAUUCACCUGCUGUUGAAAAUUUGAUGUUGAUUAUUUGAGAACAAAUUAAAUAGAGAAACGAAUGUCCUAAUAGAUACUAAAUUGUAAUACCGGUAACGUUACUUAUUUUUAGUUGAAGAGAAAACAAUGCUGAAAAGUAUAUUUUAUUAUGUAGAUAGAUACAAACAUUGUAUGCAAGUAUGACCAUGGGUCUAAACAUGAAGUCAUUUUGUUAACUUAUCUCUUACGGUUAUUUAUUACAUCUGUUAUGGUAGUGGAUGUUGUUGAAGAUCUAAAUUGUGCCUUUUGAGUGACUGUUAAUGAAGUUUUUGUAAUAUUGUUAUGAUUAAAUAUAUAGUUUAUAUUAACAUUUAAUUCUGAUGGAGAACCUAAACAUUGUCAUGGGGCACUUUUGUUUACUUAGAUUAACAAGGGAUUCAUUGAGAGCAUGUUAGAUUCAAUACCAGACAGAUGUUUGCAGGUUUUGCAAAGAUAAGGAGGUUUAGAGAUUAAGAUCGAUGGGUUUUAAUGGGGGUUCAUUGUGUUUGCACUGGUUGACUUUUCCUUGUCUGUCAAAGCCUCAAAAUGAUUGGGGUUGGGAUGUUUGAAGAGCUGGAUGUGUCAUCUUGAAUGGACAAAAGUCCUCCUGAAAUCAUUUUGUUGCUCAUACAUAGCCUAAAUAUCUAUAAUAUCAUUCCCUGAAUAAAAUUAAAGUAUGGAAAACAAUAAGUUACACAUUCUUAAUAAAAAAAAUUUGAAACAUAAGAGAUUUGUAUAUUAACUGUUUCAGUACUGACCCUUAAUGUAGUGUCCCAACAAUAUAAAUGGCCAAAUGCACUGCAUUGUAAUGAAUGCGUUAUAAAUGAUUUUACUUUAUAUUUUGCAAUGCAUUUUUUUUACCCAUAUGCUGCAAGGAAACUUCAGGUACAUUUAUGCUUAUAUACAAGUGACCUUAACAAGAUAAAAUGUAUCAGUCUUUCUUGUGUUUUGUUAAUGCAUUUACUGUGUUUAUCUAUUUUCUAACUUAACAUGCAUUUAAAUUGUACAGAUUUUGCUAGGGGUGCAUUUCAGAUUGCUUUGCCAUAAAACUGCUGGUUUUUACAAAUAAAAAUAAAGCCAAAUAACAUCUCA